AUGCUUCUGCGACGCCUCAACCACGUCGCCGAGGCCAGCGUCAAGCCGGCGACGCGUGGACGCUCGCGUCCCGUCCGCUGCGUCCCUCGCCGCGUCAAGGCCGACCUUACCCCCGCCUCUUCCAAGCCGACUCACGGCCGCCGCCUCCGUCGCGGCGCUAUCCGCCCUAUGGAGAUCUCGUCUGAGACGCCCUACAUGGCCAAGCCUGCCUGGAACCCCGCUCCGCUGUACCCCUUCCAGGCCGGUCUCCACAUGGGUCUCAACGGACACAUGCCCCUCCCGGUCCCGCUCGGCGUCUCGCAUUAUGCUAAGAAGCUGCCCGAGGCGCCGCUCUUUGAGGCCCCCAAGCUCGGAAACCCCCUCGCUGAGCUCCCGAAGACGAGCUCUAUGGUCGGCGACCACCUCGCUGUCACGAGCGCCCUCGCUCACCCCGCCCUUAGCUCGAACCUCGGCUCGUUCGCUCCCCGUUCUUUCGUCGUUGACGUGAACGCCGACGCUCACGUCGCCUCUGACCUCGAGAAGGCCGCCGAGGCCGUCAAGACCCAGGCUGACUUUGAGUGGGAGCUGAUCAUGAGCAACCUGGGCGCCGGUUCGCGCCGUGUUGCGGAGGUCGAGAAGGUCGACGAGGCUGCCAUGAAGGACGCUCUUGCUGGUCUUGACGGCCUUCUUGCGCGCAUGUCGGUUGAGACUGAGCAGGACUUUGAGGUUUCGAUGGACUCGGUCAGGCGAAAGAGGCAGAAGAAGAUGUCGAAGCACAAGCACAAGAAGAGGAGAAAGGCCAACCGUGCCGAGCGCAAGCGUCUCCGCAAGUAA